GCCAAGCUUAUGCAUCCAGUCUUCAACUCCCAGCGGUGUUACCUGAAUGGAGGGGAAAUGUUGGUUGAAGAAGAGGGAUUUAUUUAUUUAAAAGACGGAAACUUUGUAGGAAACCACAGCCAGGCACCUUAGUUCUAGAAAUAUCAAGACUUACUACUUAAGGAUGACAGAGCUGCCAUCAAUCUUUUGAGACCAAUGGGUGUCUGUGAAAGGAGCAGUAUAUCAUCUGCAUAUAACAGGCAGGCUCUCGGGUUAGAGGCUAGCAUUGGAGGGUGAGAUGAUAUAGAUGGAGGAAAAAAGAUGGCCGCAGUGAGCAGUCUGCAGAAAAUAGCAGCUGAAAGCUUAUUCCAAGAUAUCCUGCAAAUUAUGAGAAGAAUUUCACAUGAAAUUGAUGUGACCUACAAUGACCCUGAUACACUGAAACACAUUGAUUCAUUGUUGCUGCUGCUAUCAGAAUGUUUCAGAUGUCUUCGGAAUGCCUGUGUUCAGUGUGCCAAUAAUCAGAAUGUUAUGAGGAACCUGAAUCUGAUUGAUGCAUCUGUCCACCUGAUCCAAUUGCUUCAGAAAUUAGAAACAGAUCUGGAGUCAUUACUGACAGCUUUUCGUUGUAGCCUCCAGUUUCUUGGAAACAUUGCAACAGGAAACAGAGAUUCUCAGCAUAGGAUCUGGAAGCUUGCUUUCCCUUCCCUUUUCUUGAAUUGCCUGAAUCAUCAGGAUGAGAAAAUCAUUGCCUACUGCUGUAUGGUUCUUUUCACUUGCCUUAACCCUGAGAGGAUGAAAGAACUACAGGAAGAAAACAACUUGAAUAUUGUUCGUGCUGUUUUGCAGGCAUCCAGAAAGUAUCCGGAAUCAGAAUGGGCGUUCUUGAUUGUUACCAACCAUUUGCUGAAGUGCCCGGAGUUGGUCAAAGCCAUGUAUGCCAAACUGAGCAAUCAAGAAAGGACUUGGUUUUUAGAAUUACUACAAUCAGAAACCGGUGAAAAUAAUACAGUUAUCUGUGAAGAAAUGGCCAAAUUUCUUGUAAAUAGUUUCAAGGAGAAAUGUCAAGCUGUGCUCAAAUUGGCUUCUGCAGCAGAUGAUGAUGAUAAGGAAGCACUAGUCACGAUUCGGCUUCUUGAUGUUCUUUGUGAAAUUACAUCAGACUCUGGACAACUGGAAUGUUUGCAGGCUUGCCCUGAUUUGCUUGAGGUGGCUGUCAAAACUUUGCAGCUUACACAUCUUGCUGGGAAGCAGAGCACAAACAUCUUCACAGUAACUCAUUCUGCUACAGGGCAGGAACAAAUCUCUCAUCCAGCUGUGGGGUUUAAAUCGCAUCUAAUUCGCCUGAUUGGAAAUUUAUGUUACAGGAAUAAGACUAACCAAGACAAGGUUUAUGAGCUAGAUGGCAUCCCGUUGAUCCUGGAUAACUGCAGCAUUGAUGAUAAUAAUCCUUUUGUAAGCCAGUGGGCAGUAUAUGCGAUCCGCAACCUCACCGAACAGAAUGAAAGAAACCAAGAGCUCAUUGCACAGAUGGAGGACCAGGGACUGGCCGACAACUCUGUCCUUGAGAACAUGGGAUUGCAAGUCAAGAAACAAGAUCAGAAGCUGAUUUUGAGAUCUAGUGGAAAGAUGCCAAAUCUAUAAGAAGCUAAAAUGUAAAUUAUUUUCAUCUUAUUAAGACAAAAUAUUUUGUUGUGGAUAUUCUACCAAUACAGCAGAAAGAAGGCUCUCAACCAGUCUAUUGGAAUUCUUUCUCAUAAAACAAAAGUCAAAGAUUUAACCUUUAUAGAUUGAAUAAAAUGUAAGUACCAUGGAAACUGCAAAUCCCAAAUUAUGGCUGUCUAGCUGAUAAUGUUUGAGCUCUUUGGUACCAUUAAAUAAAAAUGUUAUGCAUCUA